AUGCCUGAGAAACAAGAGCAGGCGAAACAGUCGGUGCUGCAGAGCGCCAAAAAAUGGGGAGAAAACCCUGUGCCCCCAGCUCUUCUCGCUACCUUCGUCUUCGCCCAGCAUGCCAGGCCUUUUCAACCGCUCCCUAUGAUCUUUCCGCCGCUGCUCCUCUUCUCCACAUAUCUCAACCUCCAAGGCUUCAAGAUUGACAGCGCAGGGACCACUGCUGCUAUCAGUGGGACAUACUUAGUUCUGGCGGGCAGACGAAGAGUCGGCUUCAUGAACAAAUUCGGCGCCCGUGGAAUUAUUCGAGGUGCCACGAUGGGACUCUGUCUUGCAAAUCUCAUCGGUGGUGGUCUUGCGUACGCAUUCGGAAGACGGUCCAAAGAGGACGACGAGAGAGGUCUAUGA